AUAUAUUUCAUAUAUACAGUUUUAUUCUACAUUGGCAACAAAGUUGUUGUUGUUCAGGGAGACAGGGACCAGUCCUCAUUGUCACAACAUGCAUUUAUUGCAAUAUUAUUACUCUUAUUAUGUCUACUAUGUUAGCUAAAACAGGCUGCACGGUGGUCGAGUGGUUAGUGCGCAGGCCUCACAGCUAGGAGACCCGAGUUCAAUUCUCAAAUCUCUGUGUUUGUGAGUUUGUAUGUUCUCCCUGUGGGUUUUUUCCGGGUAUUCCGGUUUCCUCCCACAUUCCAAAAACAUUGGCGACUCCAAAUUGAUAUAUUGAUAUAAUAUAUAUCAAGGCCGCACGGUGGAUGAGUGGUUAGCACACAGGCCUCACAGCAAGAAGAACCUAGUUCAAUUCCAUCCUCGACCAUCUCUGUGUGGAGUUUGCAUUCCAAAAACAUGCUAGGUUAAUUGGCGACUCCAAAUUGAUAUAAUAGAUAUCAAGGCUGCACGGUAGUCGAGUGGUUAGCACGCAGGCCUCACAGCAAGAAGACCUGAGUUCAAAUCCAUUCUCGGCCAUCUCUGUGUGGAGUUUGCAUUCCAAAAACAUGCUAGGUUAAUUGGAGACUCCAAAUUGAUAUAUUGAUAUAAUAUAUAUCAAGGCUGCACGGUGGACAAGUGGUUAGCACGCAGGCCUCACAGCUAGGAGACCCGAGUUCAAUUCCACCCUCAGCCAUCUCUGUGUGGAGUUUGCAUUCCAAAAACAUGCUAGGGUAAUUGGCGACUCCAAAUUGAUAUAUUGAUAUAAUAUAUAUCAAGGCUGCACGGUGGUCAAGUGGUUAGUAUGCAUGGCUCACAGCAAGAAGACCCAAGUUCAAUUCCAUCCUCGGUCAUCUCUGUGUGGAGUUUGCAUUCCAAAAACAUGCUAGGUUAAUUGGCGACUCCAAAUUGAUAUACUGAUAUAAUAUAUAUCAAGGCUGCACGGUGUUCAAGUGGUUAGUAUGCAUGGCUCACAGCAAGAAGACCCAAGUUCAAUUCCAUCCUCGGCCAUCUCUGUGUGGAGUUUGCAUUCCAAAAACAUGCUAGGGUAAUUGGCGACUCCAAAUUGAUAUAUUGAUAUAAUAUAUAUCAAGGCUGCACGGUGGUCGAGUGGUUAGCAUGCAGGUCUCACAGCGAGGAGACCCGAGUUCAAUUCCAUCCUCGGCCAUCUCUGUGUGGAGUUUGUAUUCCAAAAACAUGCUAGGUUAAUUGGCGACUUGAAAAUUUACAUAUUGAUAUAAUAGAUAUCAAGGCUGCACGGUGAAGAGUGGUUAGCACACAGGCCUCACAGCAAGAAGACCUGAGUUCAAAUCCAUUCUCGGCCAUCUCUGUGUGGAGUUUGCAUUCCAAAAACAUGCUAGGUUAAUUGGCGACUCCAAAUUGAUAUAUUGAUAUAAUAGAUAUCAAGGCUGCACGGUGGUUGAGUGGUUAGCACGCAGGCCUCACAGCAAGAAGACCCAAGUUCAAUUCCAUUCUUGGUCAUCUCUGUGUGGAGUUUGUAUUCCAAAAACAUGCUAGGUUAAUUGGCGACUCCAAAUUGAUAUAUUGAUAUAAUAAAUAUCAAGGCUGCACGGUGAAAAAGUGGUUAGUGCACAGGGCUCACAGCAAGAAGACUCGAGUUCAAUUACAUCCUCCGCCAUCUCUGUGUGGAGUUUGCAUGUUCUCCCCGUGCAUGCGUGGGUUUUCUCCGGGUACUCCGGUUUCCUCCCACAUUCCAAAAACAUGCUAGGUUAAUUAGCCACUCCAAAUUGUCCAUAGGUAUGAAUGUGAGUGUGAAUGGUUGUUUGUCUAUAUGUGCCCUGUGAUUGGCUGGCCACCAGUCCAGGGUGUACCCCGCCUCUCGCCCAAAUAGAAGACAGCUGGGAUAGGCUCCAGCACCCCCUUGUCAAAAGAAUGAAUGUUAGCUAACAGCAGUGUAUUACAUUACACUGACGAGACAAUAGCCGCCUCAGGAAGUACGCUGUCCAGAAAAAAAAAACAAGGAACUUCUCCUGUGUUAGUCAGGAAUUAACCGUGAUUAAUUCAAGUACUUAGCUUUAGUGUAAAGAGAUUUCAUGAUUUUUUUUAUAAUAAUGAUUAUUAUUUACGUUAGCGAGCUACUGCUUUUGAACAUGUUAGCCUGUCAUUGACCAUGUUUGUGUGUAACCGUGUUGGUCAGUCUGCUCUUGAGUCAGCGGUGUGUGUGUGUGUGUGUGUGUGUGUGUAUGUGUGUGUGUGUGUGUGUGUGUGUGUGUGUGUGUGUAUGUGUGUGUGUGUGUGUGUGUGUGUUGGUCAGUCAGUGAAGGUGGGAUUAUCCUGGUCUCAUGACAUAACCAGGCUAAGAGGAUUGUUAGCCAGCCAAACAGCUCCUCCUCCUCCUCCUCCUCAUCCUCCUGUGUCUUCCUUUCACCUUUCUCACUCCUUCAUUCUCGUCUUGUGUGUUUUUCUCCACCUGGUAAAUUUACCUUUAAAGAGGCACGGACGUCAUUUGGGGGAGGGUUCCCCGUGUGGAGCUAACCCUCUCUCAGCUUCAGGAAAUGGCCACAAGACAACAGCAACAAAUAGAAGCUCAGCAACACAUGUUGGUCGCCAAGGAGCAGAGGCUGAGGUAUCUUCAACAGGGAGGCAGAUCCAACCAGGGACUCACACAGUCUGAAGCUGAGAAACUUCAACGACUGAAAGAGCGAGUGGAGACUCAGGAGGCGAAGCUGAAGAAGAUCCGAGCCAUGAGAGGACAAGUGGACUACAGUAAACUGAUCAACGGCAACCUAUCUGCUGAGAUCGACCAUGUUAGCAGCCUGUUUCAAGAGAAGCAGGCCGAGCUCCAGUCUGCUGUGAUCCGAGUGGACCAGUUGACCCAACAGCUGGAGGAUCUGAGGAAAGGACGCCUCCAACUCCAUUCUGUCGCAUCCCAGAAGGCGGCAACCAAUAGAACCCAGAGUACGACUACCACCGGAGUCAAAGGGUCUCCGCUAUCAGGAACUGCAGCUUUAGAACUGAGGAAACUCUACCAAGAACUGCAGGCUCGGAACCAUCACAACCUGGAGCGCAGCAGCAAGUUCAUGCAGGGCAAGGAUCUGCUCAACAAGAGGAACACUCAGGUGACAGCGAUGGAUCAACGCAUCGGCGACCUGAGGGAGCGACUGCAGAAGAAACGAGCAGAAUUGAGUCGUAUGAGUGAAGGAGGAACGCCUUCUCCUCAAAGCUCUCCUCUUCUGAGCGGUGGAGUUUCAGGCCGAGUGGCUGCUGUUUGCCCCUACGUCCAAGCUCCACCAGAAGGGGGGCAGAACCUGUCACCGGACCCCUCCCCCAAAACCACUCCGCUCAGUCACAUCCGCUCCCUGUCAGACGAGGAUAGGAGUAGCGUCAGGAAACCUCCCAGCCAAUGGAAAGUGUCAGAUUUAGACAUCAUCCUGUCGGAUGGGAAUGACGCAUGCAAGGGCCCUCAGUCUCCUCAGGAGUCCAAGAGUAACACAAACAGCAACACCAGUGAUGCAUCGUGGCCCAGCAUUGGGAAAAAUGUGUCUAAUUGGAGGACUAACGGUCCAGAACAGAUUCCUUCCGGGUAUGGCACCUACCCCAGUGCCACCCACCAGGCAGCAGGGCAUCAUUGCUCCACCAGCUCCCUACCUCGAUCGGCCCCUGGCACCCUGGGGUGGCCUCGAACCAGCACUGCUCAUGGCACCUCAUCUUUUUCUUCAUCCUCAUCCUCAAAGCAAAUGGAACAACAUGUUUCUGCAACUCCACAGUCCAAUCAAGGUUCUGCCACCAGCUCCCAGUCAUCUUCACUUCCCCCUCCGAGUGAGCGAACGGAUCCUCCUCCAGCAGUCGCUGUACGUCCAUACGUCCCCGACCAUCCCUCCCGGCCCCAGUCCCCUCGAAAAGGCCCCGCGACAAUGAACAGCAGCUCCAUCUACAGCAUGUACCUCCAGCAGCCUCAGACCAAAAACUAUGGCUCACUCAACAAUAGGAGCACCGUCAAAGCAAUCUAUGGGAAACCCAUCCUCCCAGCAUCCUCUACAUCUCCAUCCCCUCUUCCGUUCCUCCAUGGAGGAGGAAUCAGAGCAGCAGAAGAUGUUCCAGACAAGGAAGAAGGAAAAGUGGUUGAGGGAGGAAUGACCAACAUUGGGCCAAUCCUCCCUCCCCCGAGCGUGGACAACAUCCCUCGUCCUCUCAGUCCUACCAAGCUGACUCCAGUUGCGUACUCCCAACUUCGUUACCAGAGUGAUGCUGACCUGGAAGUCCUCCGCCGCCGCCUCAGCAAUGCCCCACGACCCCUGAAGAAACGAAGCUCCAUCACCGAACCCGAGGGCCCACAGGGGCCAAACAUUCAAAAACUAUUGUACCAGAGGUUCAACACUUUGGCUGGAGGCAUGGAUGGAGUCUCAGGGAACACGUUCUACCAGCCUGAUUGUCUUUUGGCUGACAUGGACAACAGCCUUCCGGCAGAGGGGGCUUCAGAAGCGGGUGAAAAGCAUCCCGGUUUGGCGACAGAGGACGCUGAAGUUCAAAACCUGAACCUGGACUGCCGUCGCUUGUCGCCUGCGCCCUUCGAGACGCCCGGGGAAACGACUACAGCAGGACAAAUGAAACACAAUCCGUCUCAAUCGCCACAAACGAGACUUCCCUUGGCUCCUGUCAGGCCCGAAGACCAGAAUAACAACCAGAGUGAUUCUAGUCCCACCCACGUCACGGGGCCCGUUUCCCCCUCGCCGGCACCACAGCCUCCUAAGGCCAAACGAACCAACUUGAAGAAGCCAUCAUCUGAGCGUACGGGCCACGGGCUGAGGGUCAAGUUUAACCCUCUCGCUCUGCUGCUCGAUGCAUCGUUAGAGGGGGAGUUUGAUCUGGUACAGAGGAUUAUAUAUGAGGUGGAAAAUCCCAGCAUGCCAAACGAUGAAGGCAUCACCCCGCUCCACAAUGCCGUCUGCGCCGGCCAUCACCACAUUGUCAAGUUCCUGCUGGACUUCGGAGUGAACGUCAAUGCAGCAGACAGCGACGGAUGGACUCCUCUGCACUGUGCGGCCUCAUGUAACACCGUCCACCUGUGUAAGAUGCUGGUAGAGUCCGGGGCGGCCAUUUUUGCUCAAACAAUCAGUGAUGUUGAAACGGCGGCAGACAAAUGUGAAGAAAUGGAGGAGGGCUACACACAAUGCUCUCAAUUUCUUUAUGGUGUCCAGGAAAAGUUGGGUGUGAUGAAUAAAGGCUCGGUCUUUGCCCUGUGGGACUACAAAGCCCAGCAGUCUGACGAGCUGACCUUCGGCGAGGGGGACGCACUCACCGUCCUGCGACGGCGUGAUGACACGGAGACGGAGUGGUGGUGGGCGCGGCUCAACGACUGCGAGGGAUAUGUUCCCAGGAACCUGCUGGGGCUCUACCCAAGGAUCAAACCCAGACAACGCUCGCUGGCCUAAAGCCCGGAGCAGUAACCCCGUGCACGCUCACGUGCACGCUCACGUGCAGCCAGAGAAGCAGCGUCUACUGCAGGUGAAGAUGGAGGCUGAUGGAGCAGAGAAGAGACAAAGUGACAAAAUACUGUAUAUUACCACUUAGUAAUAUACUUGAGGUUGUUUUUGAGGUCGCUGAUGAUGAAGCGCUGUCAUAACAUCAACAGGACAAAAUCACUCAAGCAUGCGAUAUCAUUCACUAUGCCGUUCAAAUGUAAAAAGUAGCUGAAAUGAUAUUAAAAAAAAAAAAGACAAAUAUCAACUGUUAGUGUUUUUGCCAUGAAGUCAACAGUGGUGCAUGCAGACAUGACAACAUCAGUCCAGCUUUGAAAGGACGCUUGAUGAGGAGUAGAAUUCAAUGAGGCUAACUGGGCAAAACAGUAGGGGUGGGCGAUACUGGAUAUGUUGGUAUCGAUGGGAUACCAAGUAAAUGCAGGGACAGUCGUGAAAGAUUUUGUGAGUUUGCCGCUACUUUUUAAUACAUAACGAUUAAAGACAAGCAAAAAAACCCCCCACAUAAUUAAUUAUAAUUAUAUUAUAAUUAUUAGAUUAUAUAUAAUAAUUGUUAUAUAUUAUAAUUAUUAUAUAUAUUAAUUAUAAUUAAUUAUACAUGCAAUUGACAAGCAAAAAA